GCGCAGCCAAUGGUUGCUCAGCGGGGAAUCCCGGCAGGCCUUGCGGCGUGAUCUGGAAGUGGGCUUUCCGGCCGCGCCAUGUCGGUGGUUUUCGUCCCCGAGCGCCUGCGCGGCAAAGCCGAGGUGAACCCAGAGACGCUGCGACGGCUGCUGGAAGAAAACGACCAGCUGAUCCGCUGCAUUGUGGAGUAUCAGAACAAGGGAAGAGCCGCGGAGUGUGUGCAGCACCAGCACACAUUGCACAGAAAUCUUAUUUAUUUGGCUACUAUUGCUGAUGCAUCUCCUUCCCCAAAUGUAGAGAAGACGACCACAGAGUGAAAUCUUUCCCGGCGCAUCUGAAUUUACAGAAUGAAUCAGCGGAUGAAGAGACGACCAACUACAUUUGAAGAAUCUCUAACUGAAAACUACAGAACUCUGCUUCCUCUAAAAGAGGAUGUGCCUUUGCAUGAUCAGUAAAUACUGUUUUAUUUCUCUCCUUAUGCAGAGAAAAUGCCACUGAAGUCAGUUACAGUAACAUUUCAUUAAGGGAAAUCUUGGGGGGUCAUAGUUUUCACAAGCAGAUUUUCCCCCCAGAUUUCUUCAUUUUCUCUUAUGCUAAGAAUGCUAAGCUUUGAUUAUAGAGUAUAAUUUAUUAAAAAAAAAACGAAUUGUCCUAAGUCCUUAUGUAUUUGGCAGUCGAAAAAUGUAAAUGAGUUUUCAAGUGAAACUGGGAUUGAUGCUACGGCAUCAGCAGAGGAACUAGCUGUGCCGGUGAGGCGCUCGCUGAGGGAGCGGCUGCCAGUAACGGAGCCAGGGAAACGGGCCAGGUUGGGGGGGAGCUGCCAGUGCCGCUGCCACGAGGUGAAGCCGGUGGGGGAAGGGGGAUCGGAUCCACGCACCGCAGCCUCUCAUGCUGCCCCAUGGCACAAUGCAUCCCCCAUGAUGCAGGCGUGCUGAAAUCCUGUACCAUUCUGGACAAAUGGUCCAAUAUCUUCUUAAAACCCUCUAGUGUUGGAACUACCACAACUUCUGAAGGCAAGCCGUUCCACUGGUUAAUUGUUCUGUCAGGAAAUUUCUCCUUAGUUCUAGGAGUUCUUAGUUCUCCUUUUGGUCUUCUUCUGGCUAAUGUUGAAGUAGAACUUAAAUGCAAGUGAGGUUGCCCUGUAGGUAUAGUUUGAAAUUCACAAAUGUAUUAAAAUGUAUUAAAUUAUUGUAAAAUUAUAAAGGUAUUAAAAAUUCCAAAAUCUUUAAGUAUUUCAAUUAAAUAAACUAUUAUUUAGAGCAAAUUCUUGAAUUUGAGUUACCACAUUGAUGAGAAAAGUCAAUUAAAUCUGAAUUUUUAGUGCAUGAUAGUACUGCAGUGCCUGAACAUCCAUUUUACAGAAGUUGUGACAUGCUGUCUUUGGUAAUUUGACAGCUUUUUAAAACAUAUUUUGGUAUAUUCAGAUGAAACUUAUGCUGCAUAUUCAUAUGCUCUAAUAAAUGGAUUGUAUGUACACGUGGAUAUAUAUAAGUGAAUAUAUGUGGCAGGACCCACAGCCUAAAAAAGGGCAGUGCAAGGAGAAAAAAAUUUAUUUUAUUAAUUGAAUGCAAACCUAUUGAUCAAAGUGUAUUACCUGUAAAAUAAGGCACUCCCUUUAUUAAAUUAGCAUAUUCCCA